CUAGCCACCCACCUUUACUUGAAUGCAAUCCUCAACUCCCAAAAUCUCUCAACAUAACACACCAAUCAAAAAACUAAACACAAAGCAAUAUAAUCAAGGUUCAAAAACUGCGAUGCUGAAGUCUGAAACAGCGAACAAGUGGGCCCGCAUAGGGGUGUGCGAGGCUUGCGAGAGGGCCCCGGCCGCCUUCCUUUGCAAGGCGGACGCGGCGUCCCUCUGCGCGGCCUGCGACGCGGAAAUCCACUCGGCCAAUCCGCUCGCGUGCCGCCACCACCGCGUCCCGCUCCAGCCCAUAGCUUACAGUUACAGCCCAUCCGACGAGGAAGACGAAGCGGGAUCGUGGUUGCUGCUGAAUACAAUCAGGAAUGGCGAUGCGAGGCCGCCGUCGUUUCUGGAUGAGUAUUUGGGUUUGGAUCUCGAGGACUAUAAUGAGUUCAGUGAGGGAUAUUCAUACAACAAUGAGCAGCAGCAGCAGCAUUGCGGUGUUGCUGCAGGGAGCAGCUAUGACGACAGCAUCGUUCCCGUUGAUUAUCACAACAAGGGAUACGAAGCUGGAUAUACUUAUCCUGCAUCACUCACUCAUACCGUAUCAACGGACAUUGGGAUAGUCCAGGAAUCCACAAGCGAAGCAUCAUCGGUGAAAUGCGAAGCGUCGGACAAACGAGGCACCAUCGAACUAUUCAGGAGCCCCUUGAUCGAAGCCCCAACUCAGUUGAGCCCGAUGGAUCGAGAAGCGAGGGUACUGAGGUACAAGGAGAAGAAGAAGACGCGCAAGUUCGAAAAGACGAUAAGGUACGCAUCAAGGAAGGCGUAUGCCGAAACAAGGCCGAGAAUCAAAGGCCGCUUCGCCAAGAGGAAAACUGCACAAGGCCAAGUUGAUCAGAUCUUCUCUUCACAACCGGAUAAUGCAUACGGUGUCGUUCCCUCCUUUUGAUCUCUCAUUCUCUUCUUUGCAAUAGACUAUAUAUACCUACUUGUAUUCUAUCUGCUUCUUUUAAUUU